AGGAGCCACAGCCACGGCGCGGUGCCAGCGGCCGCCCCAGCAGGCGACCAGCACCCGGACGACGCCCUGGGCCUCGCCGCCCGCAGCGACGACGGCCGGACGUUCGGCGAGCUGCUCACGGGCUUCGCGCUGGACAGCUGCUCGAGCGCGCUCGGUGCGGCCCAUCCGACUGGGAAACGAAGGCCGCAGCGGCCCGGCGACGCCUUCUUCCUGGAGCGCGCGGCAGGGGGCGUGCGGUACUUGUUAUCUUGCUGAUCUACUUCGGUCUGCACGGUGCGGUGCCACGGAGGUGAGCCCUGCUCGACGAUGGCAUGCACGCCCACUCCUCGCCUCGCGAGGCGCAGGCCACCGUCCCCUGGCAGCCGGCCUUGGAGUCGCCUUGGCCCUCGCAGACGAAGGGAGCCAGGUUGCAGGCAUCUGAUUGUGGCGGAGUCCUGCUUCGACACCUGAUUGACUGAAUCUAAAUACUGUUUGAGUAAAUAGUCGAGUACAACGAGGAAGCGCACUGGAUCGCCACGAUUUGUUUAUACCAGGUUGCAUACCUGCAGCCUUUAUCGCGUGCUCAUCCCCAGUGACUUGGCCAACUGCAGAUCACAAUCUCUCCGCUGUUUUGUUCUCCCGUUCGGCAGGGGAUGUGGGGGUGGGCGACCUGUGGCCAAAACACUGUUUACAGCAGCGGUCGGGGUGGCAUGGGAGUUCUGCAAGUGUUACUGCGCGUCGGGCCCCGUUUCCACUGUACGCAUCGUUUUAUAUUUUGGACGUCGAUCUGGAUAUGGGAUGUUCAGGCAGCCUUGAGAUGGAAUGCGCCCAUCCUGGGUUGCAAUUCGGGGACCGCCAGGAAUCAAGCCUAGCCUUGCCCAUCUGGAGCCUUGACAUAUUGUGUAUACCUUUUUGUCCUGGCCAUGUCGGCCCGAGCACCGAAUGCUGUGUCCACGGUAGGUGGACCUGACCAGAAUCUGUGUUCCUUUCUCAUUUGCAUCUUCACAUUCCGUGCGAUGCCAGUCUGCUAACACCAAUGAUCCGGCGGUGGCCUAGGUAGGGUCCAGCUCGGGGCAUUGGUAAACGGCUUGCUUCUCUCGCUGGCUGAGCUUGGUGGGAAAUUCUGGGCAUUGGACGCCUUGGGCAAGGGGGGGUCCGCGGGCAACCACAUCCUCCUUCUUCCCAUCUCUUCCUUCCUUCCCCUCAUCCUCUGUGAGUAAUUCAUUGCGCUUGUCCUUCGCAUCUACACCUGGUCUCCACCAGGUCAUUGACAGCUGCCCAUGGGUUACACGUUGUAGUGCGCAUGCUGCCCACCUAACACGUGCCUUGGCCUCGAGCCGCGGGAAGGCAGAUGGACAGGAGUUGAGCUCCCGACAGUCGACUUUGCUUUCGGAUCAAUUCUCACAUCACGCGCCAGGCACUCCCUGCAAAACGGGCGUUGGUUGCUUACUGUUCGGACGUCGGCCACCAGUUGCAACCGACAAACGCGCUGUACCAGUGUUGUUUUUCUGAAGCCAUCUAGGUGUUCGGCUCUUUGACACUGUAAAGCCAUCAGGGCGGAGCCUAGGAGCUUUGGAUAGUGAAA